GGAGCCGGCGCUAGCCCCAGCUGCCAAUCACGGCGAGCAUGAGCCAGGCAGCUGAGCCGCGUUAAAGGAUUACACCAAAUUCAGAGCUAAACCCCACCUCCCCAAUUACUCACAGAAGGCUUUGCUUUGCACAAGAGUAACUUACUAAAAACAACAAGCCAUCAAGUCUGCAGCUUUUUGCAUCGAGAUCAGGCAUUACAGAAUACAAACCCUCCUAGUGUUUUCCCUGUGACCAAGCGACUGAUGGCAACUAUUUAAACCCGAGCGGGGCACCUUUCUCCCCGCUAAACAAACAAAAAAAGGUCGCGAUUCAUUUUUUGGUGAAAAAAAAAAAUCUUAUUCUUUUUUUAAAGAGCCGAUCCCGUGGUCUGUUCUCGCUUUUGUUUCUGUUGCUGGGAGAGAGGUCGGGAGGUAGCGCCGUGUGUGUGUGUAAAUGCAUGGCUUGAGUCUUCGUCUUAUGGAAGUUCUGAAUUCGAAAUCUCAGCAAGACACGUGUAAUUUCCGCCACUCAGCGAUGCUUUUCCACGGAAUCUCGGGGGGUGAGAUGCAGGGAGUUAUAGAGGAGAUGGAGAGGCGUUCGAAGAUCGAGCCAGCAAGCAGUGCGGGGAUAGACAUUGGGGAAACGGAAACGACCAUGCCGUCCAUUAGCGGCGACAGGCCGGCUCUGUGCGCAGGCUGUGGGGGCAAGAUCUCGGACCGCUAUUAUCUACUGGCGGUGGACAAGCAGUGGCAUAUGCGCUGCCUCAAAUGCUGUGAAUGUAAACUGGCUCUGGAGUCCGAACUGACCUGCUUCGCCAAGGAUGGCAGCAUCUAUUGCAAGGAAGAUUACUACAGGAGAUUCUCCGUGCAAAGGUGCGCCAGGUGUCACCUCGGCAUCUCAGCCUCGGAGAUGGUGAUGCGAGCCAGAGACUUGGUCUACCACUUGAACUGUUUCACAUGCACGACGUGCAACAAGAUGUUGGCGACAGGAGAUCACUUUGGCAUGAAGGACACCCUGGUCUACUGCAGGAUUCACUUCGAGACUCUGGUUCAGGGCGAUUUUCAGGCUCACUUCAACCACACGGACGUGGGCUCCAAGGGUGGCGCCGCUCUGGGUCUACCCUUCUACAAUGGUCUGAACACUGUGCCCAAGGGCCGGCCCCGCAAGAGGAAGAGCCCGGGGCCUGGAGGAGAUCUGGCAGCAUAUAACGCAGCAUUGAGUUGUAAUGAAAAUGAUGGUGAACACUUGGACAGAGAGCAGCAGUACCCGCCCACGCAGAAGACAAAACGCAUGCGCACCUCGUUCAAACAUCAUCAGCUGAGGACCAUGAAGUCUUAUUUUGCCAUAAAUCACAACCCCGAUGCGAAGGACCUCAAGCAACUAGCACAGAAAACCGGGCUGACAAAGCGCGUCCUGCAGGUGUGGUUCCAAAAUGCAAGAGCAAAAUUCCGGAGGAAUCUUUUACGGCAGGAAAAUGCAGGGGGUGACAAAGCGUCUGAUGGCACGUCGCUGCAAGCAGGAACGCCGUCCGGCCCGGCAUCGGAAAUCUCCAACGCCUCUCUUAGCCCUUCGAGCACCUCCACGACAUUAACUGACUUGACUAAUCCUUCUAUGCCAACCGUGACAUCCGUUUUAACGUCAGUGCCUGGCAGCCUUGAAGCGCCCGACUCGCGAAGCCCCACACAAACUACUCUCACAAACCUUUUCUGAGAACUCUUUUACACGACUCCCACGGAGAAGAGGAAAAAUCUUAGUUUAAUUACAACUGUAUUUUUAAUAGAUGCUUUGUACAACUGACUAACAGCACUAUGGAUCUGUACCGAAAAACAGAAAAAGCAAAUCGGGAGAAACAAAAAAAGGUUUACAUUCUGCUGCGGACAAACUUUGCAGAGUUGAGUUGGAUUCCCUCUUGUGUAACUGUACAGUUUUGUGGACUGAUCAAGGCAAUGAAUUCAAAAAAACGAACCAUGAAAUAAAGUUGGCUAGGAUUUAUGUGUAGUUCUAAGUUUUCAAAGACUGUCAUGUGCCUUAAUAUACUGUCUUAUAAACACACUAUGGACUGCAUCUGCAUUCAAUUCAGAUUUAUGAGGUCAACUCUUACCACUUGUCUAUCUGGUGCACUGGAAGUUCAGGAGCCUUUCGAAAUGUCACAGUGAAAGGUCAGCUUCAAUAAAGUUGUGCUAAAGGUUAUAAAACAAAACACAAAGCAAAGAAGGUUUUGGACAUUGAAAUAUUGCAGUAUGUGAUUGAAGGGAAUAGAAAUAUCUCAGUAUCUGUAUACCUCUUGAGUUCAUUAUAGGUUUGCAGUUAUACCUCAAUGACCAUCCAGAGUUCAGGGGGUCUAUCUCAGUGGACCAGAAAGGUAACAUUUGGUUUUAUUGGGCACUUUCAUAGUCAUAUCUGCAACCGUUUCCCCUUUUGCUGUUGUGUCCCACAUACAUUUGUUUUGCAUUAUUUAAUAUAUUCCAGUCUGAGGACUGAAAUAACUGAAACGUUACAAGAACUGGGACACUGCAAGUUACCCAAUUCAGGUAAAGUACUCCGAAGGCCCUUUGAUGUAUCCAAACCUGCCCACCUACAUGCAAGGAAGUCUCCAUAAUGCAUAACGCUGUGAGUUUGGGGAGCGCCCAGCUUCAACUGUAAACACCUUCUGCGAUUGAAUUGUUAAUUGAUGGUCUGUGGCGGUGAAUUAUCCCAAAACUGGGAGCUGAAAUUAACAUUCGGACUCGCCGACAGAAGGUGACAUGGAUUUUCUAAACCACUCCAUAUUGUGAGGGAAACCAGGCUUGGAUUGGUCCGAGCUAGAAUGACGUUGGUGGAUUACGUUAUUCAAUGGAGUUGAGGGUGGGGGGGGGUACGUUAAAUAGUUCACAAAUAGAUUGCAAUUCAUUCUAUAAGAAAGAAUCUUGUUAUCUGUGUACGCAGCAGAUUAUUUCCAUUCCCCGCAUUCAUCUCAGUGAAUCCAUGGAACAGGUGCCACUUUGCCCGUCUGAAAUACAAAGUUUGGUUGAGAGUUGGCAAAUUUCUGCUUCAAAGUUAAAAAAAUAAUAUUUUAAAACGUAAUAUUGGAAUGUUACCAACGUUUACAAAGGAAAUUUAGGAUUUAACAUUACCCCCUUUAAAAAAAAGCAUCUGUCACGGACUUCAUUCUAAUUUGUGUUUCAGUUUAAAAUGUUGAAGAUUGACACCUUGUUCUACAGGCACUUUGGAAAAAUGAUCCCAUCAACGGGAACUUUUAAUGUGUUUUAAUUCCUCUCGUUUCACAUCUGUUGCCACCAACGUCCUCAGUCAGUCCUGAUGGUGGUGUGUCUGAUGGCUGUACCUACACAGUGAAGCUGGAUGGAGGAUUGAUAGAAUAUAGAACAGCACAGCACAGGAACAGGCUCUUCAGCCCACAAUGUCUGUGCCGAACAUGAUGCCAAGUUAAACUAAUGUGCUCUUACUGUUCAUGAUCCCAAUCCUUCCAUUCCCUGCAUAUCCAUGUACUGAUCUAGAAGCCUCGCAAAUGUCACUCAUAUUUGCUUCCACCAACACCCCAGGCAGAAUGCUCCAGUCACCCUCCACCCUCUAAAAAAAAAAGCCCCUUUAAACUUUCCACCUUUGUCCUAUAACCUUUGACCUUUCCACCCUUGGCCAACCCUACCCUAUCCUUGCCUCUCACCAUUUUACAUACUUCCAUCAAGUCUUCCCUCAACUUCUGAUGCUCCAGAGUAAAUGAUCCAGGUUUGUCCAACCUCUCCUCACAGAUAAUACCCUCUGCAGCACCCGAGUGAACCUCAUAUGCACCCCCUCCAAACCCUCCACCCCCUUUCUGUGAUGGGACGGCCAGAACUGCACAGAGCAGCAUUUCCCCAGGAUGAGACACAUUGCUAUGGGCUCCUGGAUUACUACGGGCCCCCAUUGCCAUGGGCCCUCCUCUCAGACCCCUGGCUCCAGGCUAAGUUCAACAGCAGGCCCACCGCCUGUGGAUCUGCUUCCCAGGCCUUUGUGCUCCCAGGCUGUUUACAGGAACACUGUUCGCUAACAGAGUUCUGCAAGGUCGCUGUGCGAGUUGCUGAUAAAAACGAUUUCACUUUGACACCUAAUUUGAAUGACACUGAAGAAGAAAGGCUGCUUAGACUGGAGGCACGCGGCACACGACUUAUUACUUUGGAGAGGACAAAGCCAAGUGCCAGGAACUCUGGUACUAAACGGAGCUGAGCUACUUGUAAAUGGAUUAAUUGGCACAGAACAAAAAGAAAAUUAAGAGAUUGCCCUGAUAUACACGUGCCGUGUCUGAGCAGUGAUGUGUUCAGUGUUUACUGGGAGGCUAUACAGUGCUGUUGACAGCACCCACUUAUACAGCAAGUCAGCCAUGCCAGAAAGUUUGCAUUACAGACCCAAUGCAGCAGAUGCCAGGUCAAUUGUGUGUCUAAUGUGGUACCAGCCUAGAGAGUGAAACUAGGAGUUAAAUUGAUCAAUACGACCAGUGGAUAAUAUGUAGCCAGAUAGCGAUGUUAGAAGCCUGGACAGAAAAGGUUUUGCUGCCAUUUUGCUACCUAGUGUGCAACUGUAUCAUUACAUUUGAUCCUUUUUAACUGUAAGAGAAGUUUACCCUUUCUGAAGGGUUAGUGUGGUCAGAUGUGAUUGCCACUGGUUUUGUAGUGCCGUUAAUCCUAGUCUGGGAACCUCAUGAUUGCAUUGAAGUUGAUGCAUUAAAAAAAAGUUAUUUAUUAUUGUUCAAAAGUACCAGAGUCGCACACAGGAUAAACAGUCAGAAAUUCUAAAAAGAGCAAAUUCUACUGAACACCAUGGCUUGGGAUACAACAGCGCAUUCUCGCCCUCUGAGUAUGUUUGGGUAACUUCACAGCCCAAAUGAAGCUCCGAUAUUGCAUUCCCUUCGUCAGGAGAGACAGGCAGAUGUAGACUUGUCAUUGGCACUGUUAUUUAAAGCCACAGACAUUGACAGGGAAGUGAAGAGGCUUCUCCCGCCAGCAAUGGGGUUGUUGAGGUAAAGGCUGCACCACUGGAAGAGGUGGCUAUGGAAGGAAGCUGCCAGCAAUAGGCCGGUUGGCAGACACCAGCAAACGAGGCGAAGUAUGGAUUGGUUACACUUGCACCGUCUACAUUUCUCCCCAUGUCCAAAAGAAAGAGAAAAAAAAACGAAGAAAAAAAAUUAAAUAAGCUGGAUAAAGAAAAUUAAAAAAAAUAUAUGAGUACAUAUUGCAGGUGGA